CACCAUGAGGGAGGCAGAGCUGCGGCUGGACGGCACAACUCCUGGCACACAUGGAGACGCACGACAAAACCAUUCUAUUCUACACGGGAGAUUCUAUAUUAUUCCAUCUAAGUUAGCUUCAUUCACCUUGGUGAGCAGGAUGUAGAUCACAGCCUCGGAUUCUGCUAAAUGGGGGUCCUUUCAUGCGCGCGUAUCCGUGUCGUCAGAUUCGUAAAUUGGCCGCGGUGCCGCGCGUUUUUUCGUGGACUCUCCAGCCUUUUUAUUGAGGGAGUGAGGGUGAACCCAUGCCCACGUCCAACCACCACGGGAUUUAUUCACAUGUAAAGUGCUCACAGUCGGGAUGGAUUCCCUUAACGCGAGCGGGAUGGACGCGUUCACGGUGAUCCAUCUGAAUUCCUCCUCCUGGAGCCUGGACAGUGGAUAUUCUCUGGCAGCGAUUGCCGGCAUCGCAGCUCUUGUAAGUUUCCUCAUCCUCUUCACCGUGGUUGGGAAUAUCCUGGUGGUUAUUGCCGUGUUGACGAGCAGGGCACUGAAAGCCCCACAGAACCUGUUUCUGGUGUCACUGGCCACCGCGGACAUCCUGGUCGCCACUCUGGUGAUGCCCUUCUCUCUGGCCAACGAGCUCAUGGGCUACUGGUAUUUUGGAAAAGUUUGGUGCGGUAUUUAUUUGGCUCUGGAUGUUUUGUUCUGCACUUCGUCUAUUGUGCAUCUGUGCGCAAUAAGCCUGGAUCGCUACUGGUCCGUUACGCAGGCGGUAGAGUACAACCUGAAGCGGACUCCUAAACGCGUUAAGUGCAUCAUCCUGAUCGUGUGGCUCAUAUCUGCGUUCAUCUCAUCUCCACCUCUCAUUUCUAUAGACAGCAGCAACGACUUCAGCUCUCAGCCUCAGUGCGAGCUUAACGAUGACACCUGGUACAUCCUCUCCUCCAGCAUCGCGUCCUUCUUUGCGCCAUGCUUAAUCAUGGUCCUGGUCUACAUCAGGAUAUACCAGGUGGCCAAAACCAGAACCAGGGCCAUGUCGGGAAAGGAUCCCAGGCCAGAUGGUGCCACACAGACUGAGAAUGGGCUGAGCAAAGCCACCUCCCCUUUCAAUGGCGAGAAGGAGAACGGCCACUGUCAGUGCCCGCCUACGCCCAGCCAACGCACCGUCACCGUGGGCGCACAGACCGAGGAUGCUGACAUGGAGGAGAGCAGCUCCUCAGAGGGCAAAGGUCACAAGCCCCAGCCCCAGGACUCCGACAGAGCCAAGAGGCCCAGCCAAAAGAAGAGCUCCCUCACCAAACAGCCCUCUCGCAUCGCCAGAGUUAGUAACAAAUCCAUGGACCUCUUUGCCUCCAGGAGGAAACGACGCCGGAGCUCCUUCGCCAGGAAAAAGGUCUCCCAAGCCAGGGAGAAGAGGUUUACAUUCGUCCUGGCUGUGGUCAUGGGGGUGUUUGUGGUGUGCUGGUUCCCCUUUUUCUUCAGCUACAGCCUGUACGGCGUGUGCAGGGACUCCUGUAAGAUCCCCGACCCGCUGUUUAAGUUCUUCUUCUGGAUUGGCUACUGUAACAGCUCCCUGAACCCUGCCAUCUACACCAUCUUCAACCGGGACUUCAGGCGAGCCUUCCAGAAGAUCCUCUGCAAGUCGUGGAAAAAGUCCUUUUAGGUGGAAAAAGCAGAGCUGUUGCACCUUGACAAUCUUACAGGAGAUAUCUAAUUGAACUUUAAAAAAAAAAAAAAGGAGAAGAACCCUGUGUUUGUCUGUUACUGCCACUUGUUACUCACUGUUGAGUCUCAUUGUCCUGUUGUAAUUCAGCCAUGGACUUUGCUCUCUCUAAGAGCUGCAACGUGAAACAUGUUUCCAUUACAGCCUUUUCCCGAAGUGAGCUCCACAGUUCUUUUUAUCCCUGUUGAAGUGUUGCUGUAAUGCUUUAUAGUCCAUCAACGUCAAUCCAGCUUUCCUCAACAUCCACACAAGAUACACACAUGGCCGGGUUUAUCUGCUAGGAGGCCCUGAGGGCAAAUAUAGUCAGAGGGCCCCCCUCAAACCCCCCCGAGUUUUUCCUUCUCUCUCUCUGCUACAUGUGCAUUUUAUUUUAUGUCUUUUUGGGCUCGAACAGUACCUGGCCACAGAUUUGCUGUGUGUUCAUCUGAGUUAAAAUAUUGAAUCUGAAGAAAUAUGGAAGACAUAAAAUGAGAAAAUGGAGGUUUUAAAAACUUGAUUUUGACACAGGUGAUGUUUUCAAGACAGAGACUUGGAUCAACAAUAGUCUUUUUAGGGCAAAGGGCAUUUGUUCACUUUCUAGACAAGGGUUAGAUGAAAAGAUUGUUUUUACUCAAUGACUGGUUACCUUAGCUUAGCAUAAAGACUGGAAACAAAGGGAAAAGGCUAGCCUGGCUCUCUCAAAAGGUGACGAAAUAUGUCUCAUAUCAUCUAUAGCUCAUUAUUUGGCAUGCUCCCUCUAAUUUGUUUAAACUUUAAUACAAAGUGUAAAAUCUUCAAUUCCCUGGUUUGAAAGGUGCAAAAAUGUUGGUCUUGGCUGAGACCUGUUGCUAGGCAAUCAGUGUAAAACCGUCAUUCAGAGGCACGUCGUCAGGACAAGAGAGGCUGAUUUGUCAGAGCUUAAAAUAGACAAAUCGAUCAAAACGACACCGAAGUGUCAACGACAUCUCUCCUUAAAUCUCAGAACAGGACCAUUGCUUCUAUCUUGUAAUUUACUGCCCUCUUGUGGCAACAGUAGGCUAUUGUCUCUGGACAAUAACCCGCUAUAAUUCCCGUCAUGCUUCCUGUCGUGUCCCAGUGACGGAAGCUGGGAUUUCUCAAGCAGGAGGAGGAGCAGCACUGUGGAGGUUUGCACAUGAGCACCGUGGGUAAUCCAGGGAUGUUUGACAAGUGACGAGAAGUUAUUUUACUUUUCAACACGUGUGACGAUGAGGGGGUUAGGGUGAGCCUUGAAAGACAUUUAUUAAAAUGAAUCAUGUAAAAUAUCCACUGUUCAGUUUAGUUAUAUUCAUAUCUUUAUCCCUAUGUUAAUGAAGGUGUUGGAUUCUCUGUGUUUGAAAAGAGGUUCUCAGCUCUGUUUGCACAUAAGAGGUGAAAGGUCACCUCAAACCCCUGCCAUCAUCCAGUCUUAUGCUAAGCUAACAGCUACAGAUUUCCAGUGCAUACAGAGGAGUGGUGUUGAUAUUCUCUCUAACUCCCAGCAAGAAAGCUGACAAGCAUUUUCCCCCCAAGAUGUCAAAUUAUUCCUGAAGAUGUCAUCAUUUAGCCACACUGAGGCGCUCAUCAUGUCAGUGCUGUGUGUUUUAGCUUUUAAUAUUUGUGAGGGUAAAUGUAAUUCAAAGAGCACAAACCUGUCCAGACACAGUAAGUCUGAGGCCUGCAGCAGUUACACCAAAGUUAUUUUCCCUGUGUUCCAUUUAAAUAACUUUAGUGGCCUGAAAGGCUAAAACUAUCAGUAUUUAAUGAAAUAAAUAAAUGAAUAUAAAACGAGGUUCUUGGAGAAAAGUCUGAAAAACAAUGGUUAAACCAAAUAUGUUGUGAUUCUCCUUCAUGACCCCCACCCCUUAUUUGUCUCUUUGCAGGUCCUAACCACUGACUCAGUCAAUACAGUUAAAUCAUGUUGUUCCUUGUGUCCUUUCUGCCAUGAUGUUGUCGCCCAUGUCAGCUUUCACCUUUUUGAGCAUCUCUGCUGUAACCAGAGUCUGAAACUGACUAAUGGCCCAACAGCAGACUUACUUACCACAGUCUUGGUGUGUUCAUCUAAUAUUGGACCUAAAAGCCUCGGGAUGGCACAGUGAAGGGCUGACGCUCCAGACUAUAAGCUAAUUUCUUUUUUAUCAUGUGCUGAAGAGAUAUUAUAACUACUGAGUAUUUAUGAUAAAAUGCAUUUACUUUGCAUUCAUUUUGAAAGAAACUACCUCUUUAUUUGUAUGUUUUUUUUGUUGGUUUUUUAAUUUAUAUUUUGCAAAGUGCAGUACACAUCUUUCCUCUGCUUAAGCUGCCUGCUGUCGUGCACAAAUAAAAGAUGACAAAGUCCCGUAUGUAAGCAGUGUUGUGGUGUUACAACAUGGAGAAUCGUUGAUUGCUUUGCACAUGUGCUUUUAAUGUUUUGUAUAUUAUUUCAAUUGUGAAACAGAGGCAGAAAUUGUAUCUAGACUUUAUAUAAAGAUGGAUGACACUACAGCUUCAAAGUAAAGCCAAAGUGUCUUGAUUUCCCCCUGGUGGCUGGCUGCAAUAUAGGUCAUGAAUCCCACCUGAACCUUGUUGGUGGAUGGGACCUGAACCAAACUAAAAAGUAAAAGUACACGUCAAGUACAUUUUGUUUCAAGUAAUGGUUUCUGUCACAGAUGUAUCACCAAGUGUUAAUCUUUCCAGUAGGUUGGUUUUUUUAACUGAUUGACACACACUGUCUCAUGAUUGGUCGAGCAUGUGUAUUUGUGAGACCUCGCUCCAUGAGCAUUCGUACCCCAGGAUACUUAAGCCUUAUUUCUGGAUAGUUGGAGAGAGUGGAGGUGCAUCAUCCAUCUUAAUAUAACGUUUAUUACGCCAACAGUUUUAUCACAAGCCAAAUAAUUUGUUGUCAUCAGAAAAUAGCACAUUUCCUUUUUAGAGAAUAGAAUAAUCCAGUUUAGUGGUGUUUGUCUAUGUUGUAGCUUUACUUUCCAGCUGAAAGAGAAAAUCACCAUCUAUGUGUGAAUCUAGUGAGAUUCUCACAUUUUGGUCUUAAUGUUUACAGUUAACAGAACUACAAACCUG